AUGAGUACUGAAGAGUCUGACGGAGGAUCAGAUAACUUUGAAAUCCUUCGAAAAUGUCUAAAGGAACCAUGUACCAAUUUGUUCCGAAAUAUUUUGAAAUUAAAAUUCAGACGAUAUGAGGAUCUCAGGGAGGGAGUUCCUUUGGACACCCUCUCUGAAAGGUCAAAAUAUGCUUUGGAAAAACAGAAUCGAAUAAGCAAACUCAACUUCCCUGUUCUGUAUGAUAUCCUCCGUUCGGGAGUCUUUGAUUCCUUAAUCGGCUCACCAGUUUUGGGUUGGACUUCGAUCGAGGAAAUUCCAGAUGAGCACAGAGGAAUAGCAGAUGAUAUCCAAAGAAUCUGGAGGAUAUGGCAAAAAAGAUAAUGAAGAUGAGACAAUAUCUGACAAUGACAGCAACAUAGCUAUGAAAACACUGAAGGAUAUAGGGUUCAGAAUGAGUAGUCGACGUGAACUCAAAGACUUUGGUAUGGAUUUCUGUAGGGAAAUCGGCUUGGCAACCAAUAAAGAUCCACAUGUUGAUGCUCUGCAAUUUGGAAAGAAGAACUCUAUUGAGAUGAAUAUUGAUUCCUCAUUCAAUGGCUGUGUCAAUGUAAUACAAGGAGGGAAAACUAAUAAAAUUAUCAUAUAUGAAAUCCAUGACAAUCGGCGUGGUCAAAUACAAUACAGAUCUACAGGAAGAGUCCAAGUUUCAGCUGUUCUACACUCAGACGAUCCAGAUUUCCAAGCUGUGACAGAAAGAGCAAGUCAAUUGAAUAUAGAGGAGACUAAUCAGAGGCCUGCUUUAAAAGACAACGACACAUCUAUUCAAGAAAUUCGACAGGGAAGUCUUGUUAUAACAUUUACGUUUAGAAACGAGCAGUCUUUGGAAGAAAAUAUUCAAAGGGUGUUUCGAUGUGUGUUCGAAGACGAAAAAAUAAACAAAAUUUUAGAAGAUCAGAAAGUCGAUACACUGGAAGUUUUUGGAUAUUUAUAUGAUCCAAAAGAGUACUUUCUUGAUUAUGUUUCAAAGGAAUCCACUCCAGGAUCUGCAGUGGGAAAGUUUCAUUUGUGUACACAUCUGACAUGGACUUUUUCUGAAUGCACUUGCGAUAUCGAUAUUGUUUUGACAGAAUUGUUCCAUAAUUUGUUGUAUUAUGACCUCACUACAGAAGUGAAUGAAGACAUUUGGAUCAUUAUAAAGGGGAGUAUAAUUCGUCCAACAGUUAUGGCCUUUACGCCGUUCGAAUCCUUGCUUGCCGAAAACAUGUAUGGCAAAAAGAGAAAAAUAAAUUUGGAAUUCGAAAAAUCAGGACAAUGUGAAAUUCAAUGCAUUAAGCAGGAAAAAAGUACAACACAUGUUGUUUUGAGGACAAAAUCUUGCAUAAGUUAUUCUGGUUUAUUAUCAGAAGAUGGUAUUCUUCUUUCUCUUCUGAGAACUUUCUUGUGGUCGGACGAGACUGAACUCCUAGCAUCAAAAGUGCAACUUAUGAGAAUUGGUCUGAUCCUUCAUACAAAGCUAGCACAGAAUAAAGAAACGCAACAAUCAGGUCAUACCUUGAUCAUUAAGUUUUGUCCAGAAUCGAACAUGACGAAGGCAAUCAACAAUGGUGCUCUUGCAGAAAUACUGACAAGUGUAUUACAAGACAGUGGAAUUGAAAUGCCAGAACGAAUGAAAAUUAAAGUGGAUAUAAACGAUCAAAUAAGAACAGAUGCAUUAAUCAAACCUUCUUCAGAGAAACAGGGACAAACAUAUGAUUUGACCAGCGAUGCUCUUUCAGAAAAAUUAGAUCGCGCAGAACUGAUGCUGACAGAAAAUAAACUUGAUGAAGCAAAACAAUUAGCACGUGAAGUGUUCGAUGGGAGUCAACUUCUAGACAAUGAGAGUGUACAACGUCUAAUAAGCAUAUUUAAAAUGUGUGUGGACGACUUCUACUCUCUGAAAUGCUUUUGCAAAGAUCGAGUGCUACGGAAAGUUGAAUGGACUACGAGUAAUCUAGCAACUGCCAUGGAAUAUUGGAUGAGAGUAAUAAGAGGCCCAUAUACAUUCAAGAGCAUCAAGAAUCUUUUCCUUGAAAUCGAACUGCUUCUUUUUGAAUAUUUGAAAAAGAAGGAAUAUUCAGCUUCUGUUCAAGGAAUUUGUUAUGAACUUGGCAUGGCAUACAGACACCUUAGGGCAAAUCACCAAGACCAGUCGAAUAUUGCUGAAAUUGAUCAUAGACUAAAUAUCAUAGACUGGAGAAUCUGCAGUAAGCUACUUGAAGAGGGUAGUUACGGAGUCGUUUGUGAAACGUAUGAAAAUAGAGCAAAGGAAAGUCAACUUGAUGGAGAGAACUUAUACCUCUGGGCAAAGUCAUUAAAGGAACUGAAGGAAUAUGAAACAUCUUUAGAGAAAGUGGAGGAAGCUAUUUUAUUAGACUGCAGCUGGGUAUCUACCAGUGAAAAAACAAGCCAAGAACUAUUUCAUUUGAGAGAAGAUUUAACAAGACUAAAGUUUCAAACAGAGAAACCAUGUAAAGUCGACGAAAACUGGCUUAAAGAACACAAAGCAAGACUUAAACAGCAUCAAAAGAUGAAAGAAAUGCAGAUAGAAAAGAGAAACGAAUUUGUUAGGAAACGUCAACUCCAUAAACAAGAAAAUUAUCCAAAAGGACACCAGUCCUUAGAAAGGGAAGCGGUUACUAAUUCAACGAAAUUAAAAACAUUUGAGGAUGAUCCUUUUGACAAAAUGAAGAGGGUAUCAAAGAAGGGAAAAAAGAAAUAUGAUGUUACGGAUGAGACUGAAGAUUAUAACGUUAUCGAUUGGAAAGAGGAUAACAAUGAAGAUUCUGAUUCAGGACAGGAAUCCCCAGAUGAUACUUACACUCAAAGAUCAAGACCCAUUACCUACCAAGAAAAGGAAUAUUUCAAAUCGGAAGCGGACACAAAUACAGACAGUGGAUUUGACACUGUCGACACAUCUGAUGUUGAAUCCUUGAUGGAACAUAGUUUGACGUCAGAAAAAUUUAGAAAAACAGUAGAUUUAGUAAUCAGUGGUUUAAAAAUUUCUCCUAACUGUGAAGCACAAUUUGAAGCAGUAAGUAAAAAACGUUUUACGUAUCCAGACGAGCUCAGUCAAGAAAAACUUAAAAUGUGCGAACGGAACAAGGAAAAAUACAAAAAAUGUUAUAUAUAUAUCGAAUCAGCACACAAGGCUAUUUGUAAGAAUGUUGAUCUUAAUGACCCAAUUAAAGAGGUAGUUAUUUCAGGCAGAUCAAAAUGUGGGCACUCCUUCACAGAAGAUUUAGUUGUUGUUGAGAUUCUAGGAGAAUCAAUAAGAAUAGGCAACUCUUCGUACUCCUAUUCUAGAACAGCAGCAGAAGGUAUAGAUACCACAGUUUAUGGAAGAGUUCUGGGAAUGUUGAAAAGAAAACGAGUCUGCAAUAGACAUUCUUCGUCUCCAAUAUUCAAUUCCUGGCCAUAUGACGAUGAUGUAGAAGAGGCUUCAACAUUUUUAUUGCGUAAGGGAAUCCAAGACAUAGAACCUGAUAAUGCUUUCCCUGUGUUUACAAUUUGUGGGGACGAAGACAAUAUACUUGAACAUGCCUUUAGUGUUCACAGACUUGACGCAGGUACAUACAAAAUCGGGGUGCACAUUGCCGACUUAGCAAGUGAAAUAAAGAAAAAUGAUGCCCUUGAUAAGGAGGCGCGAAAAAGAGGAAUGGUAUAUGAGUUAAAUGGCUGUAGAACAUCGUUGAUACCAGAAAACUUAUCAAAGGAAAUGUUCAGCUUUGAUUUGGGCGAACUGAGGCGUGCAUUGACAGUGUAUUUUGAAAUAAGUCUUGAUGACAAAGAUGGAAUUGGUAACGAAAAGAAACACCAAGUAAGCUUUCAGAAAAAUGUUGUUAAAUCUGUAAUGGAAUACAGAGUCUCUGAAUUGUAUGACUUAGAAAAUGGUAAAAGCAAAACAAGGCAUGUUGAAGAUAUUAAUAUUUUGAAAAAAGUGUCUCAAAAGCUCAAACGUCAGAGACUAGGAAACUCCGUGUUUUAUACCGACAUCGAAGAAUUAUUUCAAUGUAAAGGAAGCAGUAUCACAAAAGACGAAGGUGGCUUCCACUUGAUUGAAGAGUUACUUAUACAAGCCAACUAUGAAAUUGCAAGUCAUGUAAACGGGUUUUACCAAGACUGCACACCAUGUCUUAAACAAAGUCCUCCGGGAAAAUAUUUGAUUGAAAAAUGGAGGAAAGGACACGAGGAUUUCACAGAAUAUUUACUCCUUUAUCUUCAAGACUGCAGGCUGAAUAAUCAACAAACGACUUCUCUGCUAAAGUAUGAUUUUGGAAAGAUAAAGAAAACAUCGUGCAUUCCAGUCCAAAAUUGUGUUUGGCAAUCCUUCAGAAAACUACUGGAAUCCAAAGAUUACGAAGAUUUUGAAAAUCUUUUUGGAGCUGAUGAGAUACAUCCUCGUCAAGCCGUUGCUUUGGAUGAAUGGAUGAAAAUCCAAGAAAAGGAAGAGUUUAUAUGUCCAUUUGGAAAGACUGAUACAACACACUUUGGAUUGCGUCUACCUAUUUAUACGACAUCUACUUCACCAAUGAGUGGGUUCAUUGAUCUUGUAGUACAGAGACUUUUACACGCCAUUCUUAACAGUGAAGCUCCUCCGUAUUCAAGAGAAGAAAUAGAAACAAUUUGUGCUGAAAUGAAUGAAGUGCAUGAUCGACGGCAGUGUUAUAGAAGUAAGCGAUAUUCACUUUUGGUCGGACAGUCACUCUAUAAGAAAGCAAUUCUAUUCAAAGCUUUCGUGCAAAAUGUCUCAGAAAAUGAGGUUGAUUUAUUCUUUCCCUUGUUGAAGUCAUUACCUCAGUCCAUUAAAAGAUUACCUCUGAAGCAUUUGCAUUUCCACAAGAGUCCGAUGUUUCAUAAAGACACUCAAUAUGAUAGAAACAUAAUGACGAUUAAAUGGCAUAGCAGAAUAUAUUCACUGAGUAUGAAAACUAGAAAUCCACCGAAAGAAAAUGCUUAUUUGAGACUCAAUCCUCAUCAAAUGAUAGAAUUUCAGUCCACCAGAAAAUGGAUGAACUUGUUAAAGAGCGUUCUGAUGAAUGAACGAACAAACUUUAUGCCAUUAUUCAAUGAAAGAAAAAUACAUACAUACCAGGUACCAGAGUGUACAGACACUGUAAAUGAUGUUUGCUCAGAAGUGGUAGGCGGAUAUCUAAAAAAUCAGAUUUGCAAAUACAGUUUUUCUAUAAACUACGGUCAAAUGCUUCGUAUACAGUUGUCUGCAGAACCUAUUCGCGGAAUUAUGCUUCCAGUGCUGCAAUUACUCGACAUCACCAAAAAUGUAAAAAUUUGUAUGCAACACAUAAGGGACCCUAUAAGCAACUUUGCGGUCCAUGCAGAAAGACACACAAAAGAAAAAUAUGAAUCGUGUAAAAAAUAUAUUGAGACAUGGAUACCUAUUCUUUCAAUGGAAGUUUCUACUCAAACAGUUGAUGGAGAUCCUAUUAUUAUAAGCGACCUUCCAGUUACAUUUAAACCACAUGGAGGAUCAUUCAAAUUAAAAUCCUCGUAUCUUAAAAAGAGAGACAUAUUCUUCUACACAUACCCAACAGAUAUGCUAUCGAGCUAUGAAGGGAAAAAGAAAAAAGUCGAAAAAGAGAGAUUUUACAUGUCCGGCUCAGAUUUUUUGUGUGUCCGGUGUCCAUUGCCAUUUGAAAACGGGAAUAUGACAAACUUUGGUAAAGGUGCAAUUUGUUCAUCAAGCAGUUACUGGAUAGCUCAUGCCAAAUGCCAUGAUGUCUUUAAGAGCAAGAAAUCGGAGAUGCUAAAAGUCAACUUUUUGUUUCACAGCAAGUGUAAAAACAUCCCACCAGAAAUUCUUGACAAAAAAAUAGAAUGCAAUGUGGAAAUUCUCCCGAAGUCUGGAGCAAGCAGGAGAACAGAACUGUAUGUAAAAUGGUUAGAGAGCGCGUCACAAUUGGCGAAGUCUAUAGCCUUGAGAAAUCCUACGCCUGAAUUAGAUAUUGCUCACAAAAGCGAAGGAGAUAUUGGUAGCUUACAUAGAUGUGGGGUUUCAUAUAGUAUCACUCACAACAAAGAUCAAGAAACAGCCAUAAAGAACGCAUUGACAUCAAGUUUUUCGUUGAUACAAGGUCCUCCAGGAACAGGGAAAACAUUCACAGGAGUGACUUUACUACAGCUGUUCUGCAAGAUAAAUAACACAUUACAAGAUAAGGGAGCAAAGAAGAACUAUGUUGUGUUUUGUGGACCCUCCAACAAAUCUGUGGAUGUCGUUACUGGUUAUCUAGCAAAAAUGUGCGGAGGCUUCCUAAAAGUACUGAGAAUGUACUCAACAGCUAUGGAAUGUCAAGACUUUCCGAUCCCCGGAAAAGUUUUCACAUCAAAGGAAUUGGAACAAGCACCAGAUAAAGAAAUAGCCAGUAUGACAUUGCAUCACGUCGUAAGAAAACCUAGAAAACCUUAUGAAGACAGACUAAAAUCAUUUGACAAAAAAUUCAAAUCUAACAAAUUUGAACAUAAAGAUAUUGCUGAGUAUCAAGAUUGUCUGAGGAAUGCGAUCAACGAGGAAAUUCCGCAAUAUGAUGUUAUUCUAUGUACUACCUCAGUAGCAACUAGUGCCCGGCUCCUUGGUGUAAUAAAAGGAUCUAUUUACCAGUUAUUAAUAGACGAAGCUGGAAUGUGCACAGAACCAGAAUGCAUGGCAGCAAUUAUUGCAACAGGUGCAAAACAAGUUGUUUUGAUAGGGGAUCAUAAACAACUUCAACCUAUAAUCAUGUCUAAAGAAGCCGCAGACCUCGGCCUGCAGAAAUCCUUGUUUGAAAGAUAUGCCAAUCCUAAACUGAAAACACUCACUUUUCUCAGUCAACAAUACAGAAUGCAUCCCAAUUUAUGCAGUCUUCCUUCGCGGUUGUUCUACAAAAACAAACUUGAAACUAAAAAUCCAGCAAAUUGGAAAGACGACAAUUUGACAAUGUGGCGCAAUCCAAAAUACCCCAUGGUGUUCUGCCAUUUAGAAGGCAUUGAGGAAUAUUUAUCGUUUACCACCGAAGAAGGGAAAGAAAUGUCACGGUUUAAUAUGAUGGAGGUUGCACAAGUGGUGAAAGUGUUCAAACAUAUGGUGAAACGGGAACUGGUACCACCAGAUAAAAUAAACAUUGUGUCACAGUAUAAUGCUCAAUGUAGCAAAAUUGCCCAGGAACUCAAAAGGGAGCAAUUGCCAAAAUGUCCCGUAAAUACUGUCAUUGCAAGUCAAGGAGGCGAAUGGGAUUACGUGAUAUUUAGCUUAGUAAGAUCCCUGCCACAUUAUAGAAUUGAGCCUAAUCCUACAAAAGGUUGGUGCAUUGAAAACCUUGGAUUCAUCACGGAUGUCCAUCAAAUUAACGUUGCUCUUACCAGAGCUAAGAAAGGGCUGAUUAUCAUAGGAAACAAGGAAUUGAUGAAAUGUAGCAAAGAAUUAAAGUCCUUACUUGACGAUUUCGGAAGUCACGGUUGUGUAGAAGAUGCCGAAAAAUUUCCACCCAGUGGUAGAAGUAAAAGACGAAGCAGCUCUAGUCAUAAACAUGCAGAAAAGUUAGAAUUUUGA